AUGGCAGACGACAAUGCCCAUCUCGAGGAGCCUCUUUUCGACCCAUCAUUAAAAAAGAAGAAAAAGAAGAAGGCGGUAGCGUUUAGUGAAGAUUCGUUAGGGGUGGACGGAGGAGCUGAAGCUCCUACGGAUGAGGGGCCUUCAUCCUUGCUCGCACCUGCACCCACAAUUGACGCGGGUGCGCCUCCAACGGAUGAUUUCUCUGACUUGAAGAAAAAGAAGAAGAAAAAAGCCACUUUCGAUCUAGAUGAGCUCGAGAGCGCGUUGGAUUCAUCAACGCCAAAACCUCCGCCCAGCGAUGGGGCAGGAGACGUUCCCCAUGGAGGUGAUGCUCUGGAUGACUUCUCCGAAAUAAAGAAAAGGAGAAAAUCGAAGAAAGCCGCGUUUGACCUUGAAGCAUUUGAAAGGGAGCUACAGGAGAGCAGUGAAAAGAGGGCGGAUGAUGAUGUCGAUGAGGGGGGUGACUAUGAUGAAGCGGACCUUGGUGAUGAUGUGUUUGCUGCUUCCCGAUCAACAGCUUCUGAGAGUGGAACCAGGGAGGAGACGUGGCAUGGGACGGAUCGUGACUACACCUAUGCUGAGCUGCUUGGCCGCAUAAUCAGAACGCUUCAGUCGCAAAAUCCAGACCUUUCCUCUGGCACACGCAAACGUUAUACAAUUGUUCCCCCUUCCGUACACCGCGAUGGAAACAAGAAAACAAUUUUUGCCAAUAUCGCGGAGAUAUGCAGGAGAAUGCACCGACAACCCGAACAUAUUAUCCAGUUUAUCUUUGCUGAGUUGGGUACAACGGGAAGUGUGGAUGGCGAAAAGCGAUUGGUUAUCAAAGGCCGAUUUCAGCCCAAGCAGAUAGAGAACGUUCUCAGACGAUAUAUCGUUGAAUACGUGACAUGCAAGACGUGCAAAUCACCAGACACAAUUCUCACGAAAGAGACCCGAAUUUACUUCAUGACAUGCGAGUCUUGUGGCUCUCGGCGCUCAGUCAGCGCUAUCAAGACCGGUUUCCAAGCCCAAGUGGGGAAGCGCAAGAAGGCCGUUCAAUAGACUUAAAAAUAUUGAAUCCCUUACUAGUCCUUUCUACGCGCUCUGUUUAUACCGUGUUCCUUCCGCGAAAGUUGCCACCGCUACCCACCAGCAUGGUUCUUUGUGCGUGGCAUCACGAGAUGACUGGGCUAGGUCCAAAAUAAAUGUUGUCUUGUGCUGUGAUCAUAUUUGCGAACUUGUGGACAACAGGGGACCUGCAGCCUUUGAUUAUUUGCCACACCGUAUUAUGGGUUCUUAGGCUAGCGUCCUCUUUGCCCAUCUGGGCACCCAACUUUCUUUGAUACCUUUCCUGCAUAACCCGUCAAGACUUUUUGCAUGAAUAGGACCUGCAUUAGCCUCCGGCACCUUUAAUUAUAUGGGGGAUAGCGAAAUUAUUCAAGUGUAGUGCCCGUGCGGGUCUGCGCGCCGUCCAAUCGCGAGCCAUUGAUCUUGUCCUCCGGUGCUCUUGGGCAGCGUAUCGAUUAGC